AUGAUGCGGCCUCAGCUCAGGCAGCUCGCCCGUCACACCGAGGCAGUACGAACCGGUCUCUCCGCAUCCGUGCGUCCCUUUUCCGUCUCCUGCGCCGCAAGAGAAGGCGAGAGCAAGCCGUCUGCACCAGCCAAACCCGAACGCCGCCAGAAUGCCCCAACCGCUCAGCGCAGACCUCCACAGUCGCGUGGCCCACCCGGUGCCCCAAACCGACGCCCUGCAAACUUGAAAGCAAUUGAUGCUCGAUCAUUCGCCGCUCCCGCCGCUGGAUCAGACCAACCUCGCAUCAUCCGCAGCCCGCGAGCCCGCAACGUCCGACCCGGUGGCCAGGGUAACCAGGGCCAAGGCCAAUUCCAGGGCCGCAAGCCCUUCAACAAGAAGCCCUUAGCCAAGGCCAAGGGUAAGGGUGGUCGUGAGCGCCGACCCCGCGACGCCAAAAGGGACGAUGGCGACGAGGCCCAGGAAGCCGCCGAGGAAGCCGCCAUUGAGAAAAUCGAGCAAGAACAGGCGCUCAAGGAGCGACCAGUGCCUGUUCGCUACGAGCCGCGUGAUAUUGAUUUCUCUACAUUGAAGGCUACUUGGCCUUCGCUUCCCUCGGACGCAAACUCCCGCUCCGCUGCCGUCCUCGAGAAGGUCGCCAGCCUUGGUGGUCGUUUUGCGAACGGAUAUAUUCCUCCCUAUGAAUUGGCCCGGCGGAUGUGGAAGGGCGAGAACGUCCUGUUUGAGAGUGAGGCUGAGCGUAUUCAGACGCUGGAGGAAGUUAAGCGUCUUUCUCAGCUGCGUGCUGAUAAGAUCUCGCAACGGAAGGGCGAGCUUGUUGAGCCGAAGGAGGUUAAGUUCAAUGCUCUCAACGCUGAGGGUACAAAGACUUUGAUGGAUAAAUAUGCCCUGGGCAAAUACCCUGUCCUUGAAGCGGCUGGCAAGGACGAGCCCGCUGCUCUGGGUGAUGUGGUGCGGAAUCUCCGAAACAAUGGUACUUAUGAGACAGCGGGUAAGAGGCCUCAGUUUAUGGCCAAGGUUGAGUCUCUACUCUCCUCCCGCUCCAGUCGUGUGAAGCGCGCUUGA